AUGGCCAUCCAGCCGCAGCAGCGGCACGUGGCCGCCGUGUGCCGGGCCGUCUUUGGCGGCACCAGCAGCGGCUGCCUCUCAGGCGGUGGCGGCGCCGGCGACAGCGGCGCGCUGCCAGCCCACGGCCUCCUGGCGGAGUUCCUGCAGCAGGAGCGGGGCUGCACAGGCCUCACCGGGCAGCCCUGGCAGCCCGACAGCAGCAGCAGCGGCGGCGGCGACGCCAGCCGUGUGCUCCGCUACCGCACGCCGCUCAGCGUGCGCCAGCGGCUGCUGCUGCCGCUGGGGCCGGACGCCGUGCAGAAUCGGGAGGAGCAGCGCCUGGCUCUGCAGCCCGCCAGCAGCAGCGGCCGCAGCAGGGCGACUGCCAGCAGCAGCAGCGAGGCCAGCGGCGCCAUUCUCGUGGCCAGCAGGUGCACCAGCGCAGGCGUGCCCUUCUCUGGCUGCUUUGCCAACCUGCUGGCCUGGCAGCUGCUGCCAGAAGGCGCCGGCAGCGGCAGAGCAGCAGGCAGUCUGCAGCCCUGGAGCGGCGGCGCGUUCGAGGGCGGCGGUGGAGCCACUCGCGUGCUGCUCACCGCUGUCUGCCGCUUCCACAAGCCUGUGCUGGACCCGCUGCGGGGACAGAUCGAGCGGGAGAGCAUCCAGGCAAGCUGCCUGGCGGGCAUGAGGGAUGUGUACUCUGCCUUCUCAGAGCACCUGCUGCGACACUUUGCCGCGCCUGCCGGCGACGGCUGCAGCGCCGCAGGCCGGACGGCCGCCGCCGGCGUCAGCAACGCCCGCGCCUGCAGCUCGCUCGCGGCCUCUGCGCCAGCGCCAGCAGGGGGCAGCGUGGUGGCGGAGGAGCCCACGCAUAAGCCACCCAGCACCAGUGAUGGCACUGAAGCUGACGGCGCGGAUUCCUGGGCGGCUGCUCAGGCCGUGGUGCAACCAGCUCUGACCGACCCCACAGCGCCAGGCCUGCUGCAGCAGGCGCAGCAGCUGUGGCCUGCCUGGAGCAGGGCGUGCUGCCGCAUGCCCGCCGGCGGCGGCGGCCCCGCGGCAGGCGUGCCGGUGCCCGAGGAGGCGGCAGCUGCGCUGCAGCUGGUGGCGCGCCGCGCCCUGCGCCUGCCGCCGCAGCAGCGGCGGCAGGAGCUGGCGAAGCAUCGGGUGGUGCGGGGGCUUGUUGAGGCGCUGCGGCUGCCCUCACAGCAGCACAGCGCGGGGACUGCAGCAGCUUCGGCAUCAGCCUCUUCAGCAGCUUCAGAAGCAGCCGCAGCAGCAGCAGGCAGGGAUGCGCCCGCAGGCCGGCCGCGCCUGGCUUCGGCGGCCGGCGUGUCGGCCGCGCUGUGGGCGCUGGCUGUGCUGGGGGGCAGCGUCUUCUGGGAGGAGGAGGCCGAGGCGCUCUGCGCCCUGCUGCCCACCUGCUCCUUCACAAAGCUCUACCACGUCUCUGAUGCCGCCUGGGCGCUGGCAACCAUGCGGCACCACACCCCGCACCUGGCCCUGCUGGAAGCGGCGGCCACCGCGCUGCUGCGCCGGCAGCUGGCGUGCGUGCCGGCGGGCGGCGGCCAGGGCGCGCUGAGACGCGUGCAGGGCGGCUUCCCCAGCCUGUCCCGUGUCUCCAGCCUGCUGUGGGCGCUAGCCUCCCUGGGCCACCGCCCGCAGGCCCUCCUGGCCCUGCUGCCAGCGGUGCUGCAGCUCCAGCAGCAGCGGCCCGCAGACAGGAGCGGCGGCGGCGGCGGCGGCGGCGGCGGCGAGCUGGCGGCACUCUGCUCUCUCGGCUGGAGCCUGGCGGCGGCCGGCUGCCUGCACCACCCUGCCGUGGCAGCAGUGGCGGCUGAGCUGGCGGGCGCGGCAGAGCGGAUGCCGCCCGGCGGCGUGCGGAAGCCGCUGCUGCUGCAGCUGCACCAGUUUGGGACCGCUCUGCGGUACGAGGCCGAGCAGCAGGAGGCAGCUGCCGAGCAGGUGCAGGGCGGGCAGGGGCAGGGGGCAGAGCAGGGCGCCGCAGCUGCCUGGGACAUGCUGCAGCAGCGUGCCGCCUGCCGGCAGCUGCUGCAGGCCGCGGCGGCGGCCUGGCAGGCAGAGACGCAGCAGCGCGCCACCAAGCUGGUGUCUGCCUGCCAGUCUGACGUGGCCGCCACCGCCCGCGGCGGCCUGGGCCUGGCUGUGAGGGAGGAGUGCGCCGUCUCUGGCUUCUCAGGCAAGCAGCGAGGCUGGCCCCCCGGGCCCUGCUGCGCGUGUGUUAGCGGCGACAGCUGCGUGGACAUUGCGGUGCCGUCGCGGAGGCUGGCGAUCGAGGUGGACGGCCCCACCCACUUCUGCCGCAACAACGGCGGCGGCGGCGGCGGCAGCGCCUCCAAGCAGCACCUCCUCCUCCCCAUGGGCAGCACUCUGCUGAAACGCCGCCUGCUGCAGCGCCGCGGCUGGGCAGUGGCCAGCGUGUGCGCCGCGGACUGGGAGCGGCUGCGGGGGGCGGCGCCCAAGCGCGCGUUCCUGGCGGCGGCGGUGGAGGCGGCCGAGGCGGAGGCGGACGCGGCGGCGGCGGCGGCGGCGGCUGCCUGGCCCCUAGCGGGCGGCUAG